UUUGUUUUGCACCGCAGGAUGUUUUCCUCGGCGCGAGUCUUUGAAGUCGCGCGGGACUCAUUUACUCGAUGCUUUGAACAACCGGAUCAAAGCGGCUUAUUUAGCCUGAACCGUUUUCACGGAAUCGUUUUCACUGAAUCGUUUUCCACUGACUCUUCGUCCUCUUUGUCGGUUAGUUUGCCUUUUACAAUUAAAUUCAAACAUUGCCCUGUUUCCACACCGUCUUGUGUCUCUGUGUGUGUGGUAGUGUGUGUUUGGUAGUAUGUUGGGUAAUUAUGUGUCUUCUACACAAGGAGAAAAAUGGACCAGUAGAGUAAUCGACACGUGUGUUUGUUUAUGUUGAUGAGCUGGAGUAUGCUGUCUAGUGUGUGUGUGUGUGUGUGUGAGCAGCUCCGAGUCUGAGAGCUUUCUUCACUCCACACUGAGACAAAGGCAGCGCGAGACGCGUCUGAAGAUGAAGAUGUUUUGAUGCUUUUUUAUGUUUUUAUCUUAUAAACGGAACUUUUAAAUCUACUGAUGCGUUUUUGCUUCACUGGAGGGAAAACUUGUUUUUUUAACCCCAUAACCCCCACUUAUCUCCCACACAUCCCCGUGUCCAGCUGUGGUGCGCUCGCGGUAAACCGCGCGGGAUGAAUUUCGAGCAGCUGCUGGCGGCGGCCGGGGGCUUCGGCAGGUUCCAGAAGACCCUGUACGUGUGGAUCUGCCUCCCGCAGGUCCAGCUCGCCUUCCACAUGAUGGUGAGCGUGUUCACGGGGGCCACGCCGCCGCACCGGUGCCGGAGCGCGAGACCGGGAUCCCCGCACUGGAACCAGUCGCACGCGGUCGUGCUGGAGCUCCGGCUCGCGAACUCCAGCGCAGGGAUCUCCGCAGGGCACGCGGACGCGUGUAGCGCAGGAUCAGCCGAGAACCGGAGCGCUCGCUCCGCGUGCGAAUCUGGGUGGGUUUACAGCCAGGACGUGUUCGAGAGCACCACCGUCACUGAGUGGGAUCUUGUCUGUGGCAGAGCAAGCCUAAACAGCAUUGGUUCUUCCAUCUAUAUGCUGGGCUUACUUGUGGGAGCUGUUGUGUUUGGAGCAAUGGCUGACAGGUAUGGUAGACGCUUUGCCCUGCUCCUGUCUCUGGCCCUUCAGACAGUGUUCGGUGUGGCUGCUGCCUUCGCCCCAAAUUUUCUGGUGUAUGUGAUCCUGCGCUUCCUCAUAGGAACCACCAUCUCAGGCAUAAUCAUCAAUGCCUUUGUUUUAGGCACAGAAUGGACGUCCACAAAGAGACGCAUGCUGGCUGGAAUUUUCACGGAUUAUUUCUUUGGGCUGGGCUACAUGCUGCUGGCAGGCAUUGCUUACCUCAUUCGAGACUGGAGGAAGCUGCAGCUCGCCAUUUCAGCCCCAGGGUUCCUCUUUAUUUUCUACAUCUGGGUUCUUCCUCAUUCAGCCCGCUGGCUGCUGGUAAACGACAGGAAAGAGGAGGCGAUUGUUCUUCUGCGUAAAGCAGCCAUGGUCAAUGGCCGUUCUUUCCCUACCACUGUGCAGCUGGACUGGUGUGAUGAGACGGAGGGGCGGAGUCAGCACUCGGUUGCAGAUCUAGUCCGUACUCCAGAGAUGAGGAAGAGAGCCCUCAUCCUCUACUACAUCUGGUUUGUUAACGUGUUGGUGUAUUAUGGUCUGUCUCUGGGGGUAUCUGGUCUGGGCACAGAUCUGUACUUUACUCAGUUUAUGUUCGGAUUGGUGGAGGUCCCGGCGAGGUCGCUGGUGCUGCUGGUGCUGCCCUGCAGCCGGCGGAUCCCGCUGAGUGCAUUCCUCUUCAUCGGGGGCGGAGCCUGCCUCCUCAUGCUCGCUGUCCCAGCAGAUAAUCCUAAUAUACAGACUGCUUUGGCUAUGACUGGGAAGUUUGGAAUCACAGCUUCUUUUGCUAUCAUCUACAUAUACUCCGCUGAGCUCUUUCCUACAGUGCUUCGACAGACGGGCAUUGGUGUCUCCUCCAUGUUUGCACGAAUGGGUGGAGUUUUAGCUCCAAUGAUAAAUCUGCUUGGACAGCAUAACCCAGUCGUGCCUGUACUGAUAUUUGGCUCCACCCCACUUCUGGGUGCAGCUCUCGCAUUGGCCCUGCCUGAAACAGCCAAUAAACCACUGCCAGAUACCAUCCAGGAUGCAGAGAGAUUUUCCAAUGAAAAAUAUGAUCAGGCAUUCCCUGCAGACACCAUCCAGUCACCAAGCAGCACAGAAGGCCAAGAACUGCAGCACCUAACAAAUGAGUCUCCAUAGACACUCAUUCAUAGAGCUUGCAGAAACGCACAUAAACAAGCCUACAUAUCAGUAAUAGCAUGGGAGUUAGACAACCUGCAGGUCAGCUAGACGGAUCCAUAUAUAAAUGCACAGAUUUAUACAGACUCUACAUUAGACAUUCGUCUUUUCUAUUUGAUAUUUUGUAUGUAUAUUUUAUACUGCAUUGUUAAGAUACUUUGGUCAGUUUUUAUAGUGUCAAAUGUAACAUAGCUGCUCUGUCAUCAAAGGUUUUAAACCACUGGUGGCCAUGGUUCAGUGAACAGUGAAAAUAUGGUACCUCUGGUACGUUGUUUGUUCAACUACACUGUUGUUAGUCAUAUAAAUCUAUGCAAUGAUAUCACUAUUCACUAUAAAGCUCUUAUGCAAACCCUUUUGUAAGCAAAACAGCAGAAACAUGAUUUAGCAUCAGCAUCAUCUGCCCUGUUUUAUAAUGAUCAUGAAGGAUAUUUAUUUCCUGUGAAAUGAUUUGCAUGUCUGUUACUGUAACUGAAACUGUGACUUGUGUUGUACGUUAAAUAUGCGUUAAUGUAUAAUCUUUUAACUGUGAAACUGUGGGGGUAAAUUUGCCUUUGUGGUCAGGUUUCUGACUGAUCAGUUAGCAAUGAUGUUCACCAUAGUAUCCUGUAACAGGAAUGGUACAGUUUCUGCCGUUUAUGUUCAGAUUGAAUAUGAUGUGACAGACGGGACGGUAAAGGGACAUUUCUACACUGUGAGACACAAAUACACCAGUCUGCUCAAAAAAAAAAAACACUAAGAAUCGGCUGGUAAGAGUAGUGGAUAAUUCAUUAUGUAAAGUCAUAGGCUGCGUCUUGCUAUAAGCAUUCCUGUAUUGUUUACAUCAAGCAUUUCACCAUUUUGAGUGCUAUGUGUAAUUUAUUUCCCCAAAUCUCCAAAAAGAGACAAACCAUGGCAAAUUACAGCAAAUAUAUUGUUAUUUUAAGUCUCAGAGUAAGCAGGCUCUUACACAUCCUCAAAUCUUUCUGUAAUUGCCUCACACACAGGCAUUGUGAUGCAGGUAUGGAAGUUUUCAACCCAUUUGUUUUAAUCUUUGUCUUUAAACGUUUUUCUUUUUAGUUUUUUGUGGCUUGAAGUUAAAUGCAUCAUCUGUAAUGAAUGUGACUGAAUUGGUCAAGAUGAAAUAUACACUCAUCAAAGAAAUGGUUGCAAAAAUAGUUGCACCCAGAAGAAAGAGUCUGAGUGCAAUGAAGGUUACCCGGAACAAUAAAUCAUUAAAAAUCUUUUGCUCUUAUUUACUGAACUACACAUACAGAAGUAGUGUGUAAAGCAUGUGUAACUCAACAUGCCAGACGCCUCGACAUGGAUUUGUAUAGGUCCCUAGUGGCGCCCUGCAAUCCCAUGCAUGUCCAUAUAGACAUAUGAAUUGCAGGGUGCCACUAUUUUAUAAAAUAAAUAUAUUUAUUUAUUUUUUGGACUGCUGAAUACUGCAGUUUAACUGGAUAAUCCUGUUCCUGACUGCACUUGGCAGGCUAUUGUCCAUGGGGAAAACCAGCAGUGCCUUUACUAAAACACAGUAAUCCUCUGAGAAUUACACCUAUGUAGGAGUGCAAGGCACUGUAAGACAGAUGUCCACAGUCAGACAGAUUGUGCACAAAUGGAUGAAAUUUCAGACCACUGGUUCCCUCCCCAGGAGUGGUAGACCGGGUGAUAGUUGAUUUGUUACUUUACUUUAUUGUGAUUAUCAUGCCAUAGCUUUAUAUAAAAUAAAAAUAGCAUUAAAAACCAAGCAUGACUCGACCCAGCUCAAAGAAAAUGGUGAGAAAUCUUGGACCAAUCCAACUAAUAAAGUUGACAGUCAGUGGACACAGUGUUUAAACAAAUGCCUGGAAAUGUACACAUUAAAAAUUGUCCUUCUUACCUAGUGCUUUGAAGUUUCACCUGUUAAUUGUUGAAAGUCCAGCAAGCUGUUCCUGACUGAUGCAGAUCAAAGCUUAUAUAUAUGAAGAUCACCGCCUCCAGAUUCGGUGGAAAUGUUGAAAUCCAUCAGAUCUAAGCUUUCCGCAGAACAUUCAGGUGUGGUGAUUUGUAAAGAUACCUGAGAUUUACUGAGCAUACUGUAGGUUAAAGACAUGUAUUUAUUUCUUUGAUUAAAAUAUUUCCAAAGAAUAGCCUGCUAUGUUAACAAGACUUGUUUUUCUUGUAUGAACUUUCACUCCUUUUUGUCCUGAGAUAGAUCAUUAGAUUUCAUUCACACAGUACUGAGAUCCACACUACAGUACCUACAGCAUUUCUCCAACAUUGUGCAGUGCAUACAUUUUUUAUUAAUUUUAAAGAACAACAUUAACUGUUCUUGUUCGUAACAUAUUUUACAUAUAUCAAUAAUCAUAAACUGUAGCUAUUUAUUGAUAAAUUAUACAAUCCAUAUGAACAGAGAUGCAGGAUGCUUUGGUCCAGGUUACAAAAGUUUGGCCCAGAGAAAAAUGGCAGUGUUUCUGAAUUGUGUUCACAUACCCCUCCUUAACAUGAUAUAGCUUUAACUUAGACUUUUGGUUGUACAGUGAACUUCGACCACUUUGUUCACAGUGAUUUCUGGAGGUUCUCUUAAGCCCAUGCAGUGAUGCCCAGUACAGAAUCGUGUUUGUUUUUAAUGCAGUGCCUCCUGAUGAGGGCCUAAAGCAUCUAAUACUGACUCUUUGGCCUUGUGGUAAGAUAGUUAAAGUCUUCACGGUUUUAUGUUGAGAAACAUUUUCUGAAAUUAUUUUAAAAUUAUUUUUUACUUUUUCCCAGAUUGCCCAUCUUUGCAUCUGAGAGACUCUUCAUAGUUGAAUGUCAGUGAAUUCACUCAUUAUGGCAUUCUGUCUUUAUGUACAGCAUCUCCUAAAACUCAGUACACCCCUCAUAUUUAUGUUGAUAUUUUACUAUAUCUUUAGAUAUGACACUUUGAUACAAUGUAAAGUCGUACGUUAGUCAUUGUGUAGCUUGUAUAACAGUGUAAAUUUGCUGCACCUAAAACUAACUCAACACAGCCAUUAACAUUAACAAAGCACUGGCAAUAAAAUUGAGUACUCCCCUAAGUGAAAAUUGUCAAAUUGUACCCAUUUAGCCAUUUUUCCUCACUGUUGUCAUGUGUUAUUGUAUAAUCUUUUAACUGUGAAACUGUGGGAGUAAAUUUGUAUUUGUGGUCAGGUUUCUGAUUGGUCAGUUGGCUAUGAUGAAUAUAAUGACAGGACGGGAAGAGGACAGUUCUACACUGUAAGACACAAGUACACCAGUCUGCUCAAAAAUAAAACGCUAUGAAUCGGCUGGUAAGAGUAGUGGAUGAUGUUUCCAUUUGUUUUUAAUCUUUGUCUUUAAAACUUUUUUUUUAGUUUUUUUGUGGAUUGAAAUUAAAUGAAUCAACUAUAAUGAAUGUAACUCAACUGUUCAAGAUGAAAUAAAUAAAAAAUGGUUGCAUAAAUAGUUGUGACACUGUGUUUUGGUUGUGUGUGAUUAUUUGUUGCUGAGCACAAAGCCUUGAUAGGUACUGUUCCUGACUGCCCAGACAGGCCAUUACCUGUAGGGGAAACCAGCAGUGCCUUCAUUAUAACACAGAAAUCCUCUGAGAAUAACACUCAUGUAGAUAUAGAAACUUCUAAAGGGUUCACAAACUUUCAAGCAUGACUGAAGGUACUGAGAUUAAUUAGCUUUUAAUGAACAUCAAUUGAAUUUGAAUUUAAAUUUGAAUGUACAGGGUUAAAAAAAAACAUUAUUAAAAUAUCAAACAUAAAUAAAGUCCUAGAUUAUUAUUAUUAUUUUUUAAUUGUAUUGUCUAAUGUACAGAAACAAAUAAUAAAAAAAAACACUAGAGCUGCACCACAUAAUCACAUUAUUUCAGCACAUCUUUAAAAUCAGAAUAAGAUUUAUUUAUAUUUAUUUAUUUAUUAUCCAAGUAUUUUAUUUUUAUUUUACCUCCAACACUAGGAUGGUAAAGAUUAGAACAUGUUCUACGUUUACUGUUGUUCUUUAUGUUGGUAUUUACACAAUUGUGCAAAUUACAAAUAAUAUAAAUCAAACAAUUCAAUGUUACAAGUGGAACACUGUAUUCCUCAUAGAAACUUAAAAAAAAACCUGCUAUUGUAUGGGGACCCAAAGCCACAUGAUUUAGACACAACACUCUGACACAGAGCUGUAAUAUACUGUCAUUUAUUGUAUUAUUAUCUGUCUGCACAUAUGAUCCACAAUAAAAAAUAUAUUUGAAAAGGAAACAAAAGUGAAGUUUUCCUUACCCAACAGAAAAUAAACAGAACAUAGAGCGUACAGAACCCACUUUUAGGAGGAGCUGUGACU